AUGUCGGGUGGUCCAACAGCAAAUCGUCCAUUGACGAAAACUUAUUGUGAAACAUGUCGAAAACUUUUUACACCACGAGAUGCUAUGCAAAUAUAUCAGGAUAGAUACUAUCAUCCACAUUGUUUUUGUUGUUCACAAUGUGGUGGUUCAUUAGCUGGAAAACCAUUUUAUCCUAAACCAAAUAAUCAAUUUCAAUGUGAACGAUGUAAUAAUGCACUGGCUCCUAAUUGCUGUAUGUGUAAUCAAAAGAUACCAUCGGGUACGACAGCUAAACGAUUUAAAGAUCGUCAUUAUCAUAGUGAUUGUUUUCGUUGUUGCAAAUGUACUGCAAUUAUACCUGAUGGUCAUAAUUUCGUCGAUAUGUUAGAUGGACGAUAUGAAUGUUUAACAUGUUCAAAACAUAUAACUGGUAUUUAUCAAGGCAAAGAACAUGCACCAAAUUUAGAAAAUACAUAUGGUGAAAUAACUUUUGUACAAUGCGAUCAAGCAGGUCGUGUACCAAUAUGUGACAAAUGUACACGACCUGUAACAUAUCAAGAAGAAGUAUUUAAACAUGAUACACGUUAUUAUCAUCUUGAUUGUGCUCGUUGUAAUCGAUGUCGUAAGAAACUUUUUAAAAUACCAUGUAGAAAACUUGGUUCUGCAUUGGUUUGUCAUACAUGCUCAUAA